CUGGGCAUAUAAACAUUAAAAACACAUGAAAUUUAAUGUUGCUAAUAUUUUGCUAAUGUCUCUUCAGGCUCCCACCACCUACAAUAACCCACCGGGGCCAGCCAUACCCACCACCUCCACUGGGACAUCAUACCGCUCGGUUCCAUUUCCAUCAGUUCUUCAAAGGCCUGCUACACACUCACGUUUUGUCAGAAAAAACAAAGCCUGCAAACACUAUACAAGAGAUGUUGUGUGCUUGCUUUUUUCUUCAGCAUCAACAUUCCGUAUUCCAAGGGGAGACUCAAGAGCAAAUUUGGCACGAGAUGGCCUUAUUGGGAAGAUCUCCUUUACAUCUGACUGGUCUGAAGCACAACUUAAAGAAGAAAUUACUGCCAUUUUCAGAAGAACGUUUGCAUUGUCUAUGGGCCAGUCAUUCCCAUUUGAGUAUUUGAGUACAGUCAAGGGAUGCAAAAGACUAAUGAAACCAAACGUCUCGAGCAGUUUUCUGUGGGGUGGAAAGGAAGUUGCCUCGAUUAGUUCAGCCACUUGUCUCUAUAUAAUGGCAUUAAUACGCAAACCUGUACAGGAGGAACCUGAGGAACUCUCCGAUAGUGACUUUGAAAGUCCUGUGGGCUGGAGAAGGAGAGUUCAUACAGUGUCACCUUCCACAAGUGAAAGUGAGCUCAUCAGUCAAGGGAGUGAAAAUGACAGACUGCAAGAAAGUCCAUCGCGUCAAAGAAGCAGCUCCUCACACCCACCAACAUCCUCCUCCUCUCUCUGGCUGUCUCUGACCUUCUAGUGGGCCUCGUGCU